AUGUUAGCACUUUUACUUUCGUUCCGCUCUUCGAGUACAAACCUGACGGGAGGUAGUCGUAACAAGCGAUUCGCGUUCCAGUCCACAGUGCGCCAGUUAGAAAGAAAAAGAAUAGCUGAAAAGCUGUCCAAAGAAGCUGAUUUGAAAGAACAACAAAGAAGAACAGAACUGGAGGCCAUGAGAAGGGUUGAAGAAGAGUUCCAGCGGAAGAGAGCCAGAGAGAAGGCGAGUAUCAGACAGCAGCUCAGACUUGUGAGCAGUGGAGCCACAAGCAUGCCCGCCGCCUCCACCCACCAUAAGGCCCGCGAUGAUCCUGAUGGAUCUUGUCGAGAGUCUCCAGCUCCUGAGCGUGUGAGAGAAAACAGACAACGACACAGCAAUGCUUCCUCAGAGAUUAGUGGAAGAAGCAAGAGUACCACACCGAUCCGCAGCGUGGAAUUGUCGGAGUGGCACACGUCACACGGCGCGCGCGUGUAUCGCGACUGGGCGCCGGCGCACGCGCACGAUCACCCGCCCGCCUGCGCCAGGAUGCCCAUUGCCUCGCACAACAUGUACAAUGGUGGGGGUGAGGUGUCGGCGUUCAGCGGCAGCCCGCGCUCGGACAACUACCGGCUGGAGUUCGCGCGCGGGCGCUCGUCCGCGUCGCCCCGCACGCCGCGCGCGCCGCGACUACUCGCCGCUGCGCGCGCGCCUAGCUCCUCCGGCUCCGACCUGUCGCUGCGGCAACCGAUUAAGAUCAGUGAGCCACCAGCAGAGGAAGCGGAGCGCGCCAUCGUGCCGAAUCUCCGAGCGGGGCCUGCACCUUCCGCGCAUCUCGCUCGACGCGCCGCACUGCUCACACACUAA